UACAGUGUUUGCAUAGUGAGAGCUCACUGAUAUUCUUCAUCAUGACCAUCAUCACCAUCUCUCUGCUCCUGCUGGUUUCUCUGGUGCCACACCUGACCUUCACUGCUCGUGUGGGCAUAGUGGACGGCACAGAAGCAGAACCUCACUCCAGACCUUAUAUGGUUUCUCUUCAGAAAAAAAGCCGGCAUAUCUGUGGAGGAUUCCUCAUUCAUCAACAGUUCGUCUUGACUGCUGCACAUUGCUGGAAAGGUGAUCCCCUCACGGUUGUGGUUGGCGCCCAUGAUUUGAGGAUGACUGAUAGUUCCAACUCCUUUAAAGUGACAUCCUACGUCCAACAUCCAAACUUUGAUUUGAAUACUUUGAAGAAUGACAUCAUGCUUUUGAAGUUGAACAAAAAAGUUACACUGAGCAACAACGUUGGACUGAUAUCAUUACCAAAAUAUGGGGAAGAUGUUAAAGCAGAUACUGCCUGUAGUGUUGCUGGUUGGGGAAGACUGUCGAGAAAAGGCCCAAAACCUGAUCGUCUAAGAGAGGCAGAGACAGUUAUAGUGAACGAUGCAGAGUGUCAACGCAGAUGGAGACAAACUUAUGUGGCUUCAGAGAUGAUCUGUGUUUAUGGUCCUGGUGGAACCUGCAAAGGGGAUUCAGGAGGUCCUUUGGUUUGUGGAGACACUGCUGUUGGUAUCACAUCCUUUAGUGACCCAUAUCUCUGUAAUUCACGUUUGCUUCCUAAUACUUAUACUAGGAUUUCAGCAUAUCUUUCAUGGAUCUACCACCUAACUGGAAAUGUUUAAUGAAGUCAUGAAAAAGAAUUUAAAAAGAUGGAAGAAAUGUUUUUUAUUAUUUCAUAAAUCUUUCAAUAAA